CACACGGUUUGAUUCAUUUGUUCCCUGUGACAUUCUUGAGUUUCUUGCCAGGGUUGUUCUGUUUUUGUUGUUGUGUGGUGCCUACCGGUUUGAAGUGAUCAAGCCCAGGAGCGGGGGGAAGCAGAGUUUGUAGUGGCGUGGGGGGAGGGACAUGCAGCUAUGCGGUAAAAGGUCCCUCUGUGGAUUCCUCGCCGGGCAUUUCUCACGGUCGGAUCGGACCUGGCUCUGGCUCGUGUGAGACGGGAACUUGUUAUUAAGUGGAAGCACUGGAGAAGACUUGCAGUGCUGAGUGCACUGUCGGAGUGAGCAGAUUUUGAUCAGUGUCGCCGCAACGCAGUAGCUCUACCUAGGCGCUUGGCUGAGUGGGAUCUAUAAUUAUCAGGGAACAGAUCUAUAGGAGAGUGGGUGUGAGAGGGAGACUAGACGGAACUGACAGGAUAUUGCCUUUUGCAUUCUGCAAUGAUCCUAACAUCGGAGUCGGAGCCCACAGCAGCACCCCAGAGAUACCGACUGUUAGAGUUCGUCCCCAUGGAGGGCCAGUGCAAUCAGCAAGGAGGGGAAAGAGAGCUUCGCCUGCUCGAUCUCCUCCAGGACAAGGACCAGCGGUCGGCCUCCGCCCACCGGACGUGGAACAGUGGUAGUGGCGUGGGGGCUUUUGGCCGGCUCUCGCCGCUCCUGCCCCACAAGUCGCUGAAGGGGGAGGAGACGCAGCUCUUUCUGCGGACCAGCGACGGGCGGUUGCUGCAGCACAAGCCCACUCGGAGUGAGGACUUGCUCGCUGACAAGGACCUGGCAUUCCUGACCUCGCGCCGCGGCGGUGGAGGGGCCUUGGUGGGCACACGGGAUGAGGGGAGCGAGCUGCUCCACCUGCCACAGGCGACAAGCAAGCUGGGUGCCCUGAACAUCACCGGCGGUAACGCCUCGCGGAGCAUGGACAACCUUCCCCAGGCGAGCCUCCUCGGGAAGGAAAGGGGAGCUGAGACGAGGCACAAGAGCGCCUCACAGGAGAAUGUCCAGGGUGCCCGCUUGGACACGCGGACCGUCUACUCCACUUCCCCUGGCAGUCGGUCCGGGAGCAGCAUCAUGGAAAACCUAGUGCGCGAGUUUGGCUUGACGAACACGAAUCCAUCGGUGGAAAUCAGUGAUAUUAGUGACUCAGAGUUUUCGCCAAACUUUUCGGCAGACAGACCGCCUCCACCCAAGUACCCAGGCAGUGGUAGGUCGUCAUCAAGGUUCAGCAAGCGGGAAUCACAUAGCAGUGAGAGCGGGGAUAACUCAAUGUUUUUCAGUGGAUCAUAUAACAUGAAAUCUACUGAGUCAACGCAUGAAAGUGUUACAACAAGCACCAGCACGAGCUCCUCCCCUCAGGCGGACAGUGGUAGCAACCAGCCCGGGGCCACUGCCUCCCGCUUUGAGGUGGACCACGAGGCCAUCGCCACCCGGGCCACCCACAUGGUGGAGAUACUCUCGGAGGAGAACAACGCCUUGCGGCAGGAGCUGGAGAUCUACUCACAGCGCGUCAGCAAACUACAAAAGUUUGAGCAAGACAUCUGCCGGGUGCAGACGUCCCACGAGAUGUUGGUGGAAUCCACCAGGAAGCGGGAGCAGCUGGAGGUCCUUGUCCGCUCCAAGCUGGAGGCCGAGGUCAAGCGACUGCAGGAGCAACUCAAGGAUGCGCAGGUCAAUUUGGAUAGAGUGCGGAGCAAGAUGUUCCAGUACGAGAAGAGCGUGAACAGUGAGAGCGAGCUCAGGCAAGAGAUCAACGCCAAGGAUGCCAUGAUGCAGAAGCUAGUCAGCGAAAAUCAAGAGUUGAUGAUGAGCAACCAGCGGAUGGAGACGGAGCUUGCCGCGCAGCGGGCGACAUUGUCAGAACAACGGCAGCACAUUGACGUCCUGGACACGGCGCUGUCCAAUGCACAGGCCAAUGUGGUCAAGCUGCAAGAGGAGUGUCGGAAGCGGCAAGCCUACGUGGACAAGGUGUCCACCCUCCAGAAGAUGGUCUCGGCGCUGAAGUCGACCUACCAGAAACGGGAGCAGAUCGAGCAGAAGCUGAGACACAAGCUGGAGAAGGAGAUCGAGAAGCUGAAAGGGAUGCAGAGCAAUAACCCCAACCAGGACGAGGGCGUGUCGGAGCUUGACCUGGAGAGCAGUAACAACACCUUGUUGGAACUUCUCAAAGAGAGAGAAGAAGCCAUCCUAAGACUGGAGUCUGACGUUGCCAAGUGGGAGCAGCGGUUUCUUGAGGAGUGUACAUUAAGACAGUGUUCCGUGGAGCCAACCAGCAGCGAGGCUAGUUUUGUCAACCAGGAGGCAGAGAAGGUGCGAGCCGAGGCCCAGGCUGAGCGAGUCAGGCACAUGGAUGAGAUGCAUCACGUCCAGAACCAGUUCACAGAUAUGGAGUCCAGAAUCAAUGCACUGACGGUGGACCUGUCUCACAAGGACACCAUCAUCCAGGCUCUCCGCAGACAGAUCUUGGACCAGGAACCCGGCAGCGCCUCCCUGGACCGGCUCAGCCGGCCGCUGUCUGCUUCCUCCCCGCACAGCUCCACCCACAACGUGGGCGGUGGCCCCCGUGGGGGCGGAGUCGGCAGCGGCGGGGGUGGUUCGGCCGAGUCGCUGCACAACCUGCCCCGCUCGCCCCCGGGGAGUUCUGGGUCCCUCCACAACCUGGCCGGCUCGGGCUCGUCGUCCACCAACCAGCUGGCCAGCCGGUCGUCGCCGCUCAGCUCGCUGCAGAACCUGGCGUUGCGCUCACCUGGCGGGUCCUACCAGAGCCUGGCCCCACUGGGGAAACCCCUUAGCCGGAGUCAGGGGUCCCAGGAACGACUGGGACUGGGACUGGGGCUGAAUGACUCUUUCACGUCACUCAGCACAUCGGGACUGUCCAUUGCUGGAACGGACGGCAGUGAGUCAGAUUUAGCCUCAUUAGCCAAGGAACGGACGGUACUGGAUGAGAAACUCAAGCAGCUGGAUCUCGAAAUAGCCCAGCAGGAUCAGAUCCUGGAUUCAUUAUGGAAGCAGUGAUUGGACAGUCACAAAGACCGGAGCCCCAAGACCCCAGACCCCAGACAUGAGGCUCCCUUGGAACAAAAUACCCUACAGGUCUGUGAGUGCAGUCAGUGAGCUCUCUCCAGCUUUGGUCAGAUGGCCCUGCUCUGCUGAGACAUCACUGUGACAUGGAGGGAAGGCCAGUUGUCUCGCUGGGUUCCCCGCCUUAAGCCAGUGUCUCCACAAGGUGGGAUGCCACGGUGUGGCACCCGUCUCAUGAGGUGAAAGGUUACGCUUUUUAUAUACGCGUAUUUCUGGCAAAACGGUGAUAGUGAAGGAAAGUUUUGAGCAUACUGCAUUAUUCACAUGUUGAAGCAAGUUCCUUGUCCUGGAAUGGAGUAGGUUUAAAAGUGGAAAGGAAUGACGCGAUAAGAUACAAGGGCAGUAAGUUGAAUAAAAUUUCCACCUGACAAGCUUAGAACUACCGAGAAUUGCUAAGCACAAACGGUGGGUAUUCCGUUGUUUUGCUCUGCGAACAAUUCUCGGUUAAACCCUCCUGAUCUCAAGAGUUGCCCCAAAAGACCAAAAAAUUCCAAGCAUCUCAUCACCUAAGGGAAAGUAGAGUGAGGGGGAAGGAACUUGGAAUCAAAUUUAAAUGGGUGCAGCUCAAGGGAAAGGAUUGGCAGAAUGCAUCUCGUCAGGGCAUCAGUAUUUGGGACGGAUACAGGAAUGUGGUGCGGGGCAUUCCAUGCAGUUGGCGAGAGUCGAUGCACUGCAUGUGAUGGAUGGAACACAUGGGGAGGGGGGGAGUGGUCAGGCUGACUGUUUGGGAGCUAAGGUCAUGAAUUAUGCAUCUGGCAUUGGUUGGGGUUGUCACUGCUGAUUGGCAGUGGGGUGCAGGUAAUACAGGCAGGGUUGUGAAUUAUUCACGAGGGACUGGUGUUACUGGUUGUUGAUUGGCUAGAUGAAAAGCCUAGUAAGAUCUGCUGGAUGUGGUUUUUUUUAACCAAAGCGGAAAGUCUUUUUUGAACAUAUGGUGGAAUAUAAUGGAUUAGUUAUGAUGCAACAAGAUUUCAAUAUUCAUUGAAUGAAAUCUUUCCUUUCAAUAUCUUACAUGGCUGAAACAUCUGUGAGUAAUUUUUUCCCAGAAUGAGGGAGGGCCAUGUGGCACUCACCGAGUUGAAGUGUAAAUUCUGUUCCAAGGAAAAGAGUCUAGUUUACGCGUUUCAAGAGCAUUAUUUUUGUAAUAAAAUUAGGCGAGUUUUGGUUUGACUGUUGA